UCUUCAGUAUUCAAACCGAAUUGCAAGCUGCAAUAUCCGUUACAGUUGCUCCUUCUGUGAUAGGACUGACCGAGAAAUAGCAUCGCUGCAUGUAUAGUGACGAGAGACGCUUUAUUUCAGUUGCCAAUACCCAGUGCAAUCCUGCUAACACUGAAUAUACGGGUCCUACAACUGAACUGGACAUAAUCAGUCGAAUAAAGCUACGUAAACUCACUUCUGAGGACUGCGAACCAGUGCUAAUAUUUUUGCAAUUGAAAAACAGAUCUUUAGCGGUACUUCGAAAUGAGCGUCCAACGCCGAUCUGUGCAUUUCGAUGUACCCGAAUCACCAAUACCAGCUUUACAGAAUGGUCCUCCUUCUUGCAAUGAGAGCAAUCCCCAUCUCACAGCUGCUUGCAACAGCUGUAACGGAGUCGGCCAGGGCUGUCAGAAAACGCAAGGACAAGAAAACCAACAGCAACCUGCUCAUAAUCGGGUUCCACAGUGGGUGUUCCGCUGUCCAACGUGUCAAGCAGUGUUCACGCAUUUUAUUCUGCUAUCGAUUCAUACUUGGUCACAUUCGCCUCUGGACGUUAAGGUGCCUCCCAUUGUUAAGCAAACACUUCCGUCUGAUUUUGAUCCGAAGCCACCGCGAUGUUUUGUGUGCACUUUAAAGUUUUCCAACAAGGAGGCACUUCACGCACACACUCUUAACGCGCAUCCUAAUGGUGGCAGUGAAGGUAGCGGCGAAUUUGAGUGUCCGUUCUGCGAAGUUCGCUUCGAAACAUCAAUCGAAUUGAUAACUCACAUUGAGAUUGGCAGUCAUCCUUGGAAAGACGGAGAUUUUUACCCGAUUUACUCUGGGGUGCUGAAAAAUCAUGUACGUCAUUUGCAUCAGGCAGAGCUUGAGCAACUAAUUGCCGAUUUUAAUAUGCUGUGCGCCGAAGAUAGUGUCCGCCAAACUUCACGUUCGGCAAUCUGCUCUUCUGGAGAACAUUUGGAGAGUCAACGAAUGAAGCCUGCUCUACGAAAAUCUACAGUUCUCAAGCCGGUCGUUUGUAAUUAUCAAUGUGCGAAAUGUGGUAUCAGAUUUGCUCAUGGUAACCAGCUUAAGGCUCACGUGGAUCUUAAACAUCGCGGCUUGAUGAGCUCCAUCAAACCUCGUUUACUGCAUAGCUGUGUUUACUGUAAGGACAAAUUUAAGACAUUGACAGCUCUCCGAAAACACCUUGAUUGCGACCAUUUCGUAAAGACGACCCCUGCUCGAAUCGCCGCCCUUCCAUCAUCCUGCGAUCCGGAAAACUUCAGCGAUCUUUUGCUACGGCGAAGGAUUGCGCUCGAUUUUGAAAAUUACUAAUUCGAUUGGUUCUGUUGCAUUGUAGUUAGUUCCUAGAAAACACCAGAGUUUCACAAAGGUCGUUGAUAUCUGUAAGUAUAGUUGUUUCUGAAAGUAAUUGUGAUUCCAUGGAGUGAACUGGUUCAAUCAAAAAGGCAAACCUCGUAACUACCUAGAAGCAUCCUGGAUGUGACGAAGAAGAAAAACAUUAGAUGAAGCAUGUUUCAAAUAACUUUACACAUCUUUUCUAGCCGGAUAAAUUAUGAUUCAACUUACUUAACACUAACAACAACUUUUACAAUAUUCUUUAUUAAUUAAUAAUUAAUUAUGGGAAGUUCAUAGAUUAUGUCGUACAGAAUGUAUACAUAAGUAGAAAUAGUCCGUCCAUACGUUUUCUUAAUGUAGAUGAAAGUGCUUCACGGCUUGUGUGUCACAACUGACGGAACAUUUUAUUCAUGUACGGUGUACCUGUUACGGUAUUCAUACGUAGAGUCUUAAGUUCGAGAAACAAAUCACGAAUAUAGAGACAAUUGUUUUGUUUGCUCGCAAAAAAAUGAAUGGGAAAACUUUACAGCCAACUUUUGUUCCUAUUUCUAACAUUACCCGAAAUUAUCCAUGGUAAGAACGCCUUUCGACGGUUAGUUAUAUUUAUCGAUAAAUUAUAUCUUUGAGCAUAUAUACAUGUGUGUACGUAUUUAGCAGAAAGGCCUGUGCUUAGUGUAUGCGAUUACAACGACCCGGUGUGUUAUCUUAAUAAAGGUAAUUAAUAUAAAUAAAACACUAAACAAACUGUGGUGCUUUUCUAUUCAACUAAAAUUUACGAUUAGCCCGUAACAACGAUGAGUGCAACUGUCCUCGAUACAAAUGUUGUUUUGGCAAUAAUCAUUUAUUAUAAGCAGACACACAUAGAAAUCUUUAUCGAAUCCACAUCGCAAUGACACUGAGUAAAAUGCACGCUUUUAUGUAAGUAUGUAUGUGCUCCGCUUUCUUUGUACGCUGGAUAGCUUCUAUUUAAUAACAGAUGUGGAGUCGAUUCCCUUUAAAAUCACUACUGAACCAACUGGCUGGAAGGAAGAACAACCAUGUUGUCACAUAGGAGACUCUUAAAGGAUAUUACUGAUUUCUUCAAAAGGCUCGUCUUUAUUGAAAACAGAAUUGUAAAAUAAGCGAAAUGAGGAAGCUUUGUAUCUGCAUUAAGCGAAUCACUGAUGUGUAGAUUACCGUCAAAUUACUUGAGCCGAAAUCAAGAUCCAUUCGUUUUUUUGCUCGGGUUUUAUUGCUAAAUCUGUGUAAAUAAAUUCAACUGCUGUGGAUUCUCCUUAAAACGGCAGGCUUGAGUCGAAGCUGACAUAUUCGCCUUGUUAAAUCAGAAUGAGAAAUUUUUGUACUACAGUGUAAUCCUUUUAAAAUAGCUGCUUCCAUUGAUUGAACUGAAUUGCCAGUCUAUGCACGCAGGUAGCCGUGCUGUUAAACACGUGUUUCCAGCUGAUAAGACAGAAAAAAACGAACUUGAACACUGGUCUGAGUUGGAUAUAACGUCAUACAGAAGACCUCGUUCUAUAUUUUUUCCAACCUUUCCGGUCCAUCGCCCUUUAUGUAUAUCGCAAAUAUGUAUGA